AGUCAGAUCGGUGACUGUGCAGGGAAGGGACAUUUCUUUCCGUCCUCGCUUGGCUGACCCCGGGGCAAAGGUCUUUGUGGGGAAACUGAGGCACGAGCGGGUGCCACCCACCCCGCAGCUCUCUUCUGGCAGCACCCGCUCAGCGCCGCAGAAUGAAGGUUCUGUUCGUCCUCCUCGUCGCCCAGCUCUGCUCAGCAUCCCUGGUCCCGGAGAGGGAGAAGGACCCCGAGUACUGGCGGCGGCAGGCACAGGAGACCCUGCGGAACGCGCUCCGGCUCCAGCGCCUCAACCAGAACGUGGCCAAGAACCUCAUCCUGUUCCUGGGGGACGGAAUGGGCGUCUCCACGGUCACGGCCGCCCGCAUCCUCAAAGGGCAGCUGCAGCACGGGCAGGGCGAGGAGAGCCUGCUGGAGAUGGACAAGUUCCCCUUCGUGGCCCUGGCCAAG